ACAGGAGAUCAGCUUUGUGUACGGAAGUGGUCUGCAGGUCGCGAGGUCAGAGAGUAAAGGCUCUUUCGGCUGGUGCUACACACAGCCAUCUUGGAUCUAACGAAGCGAAGUGAAAUUAAUGCGGUGACCAAAAAAAAAAAAAUAUGUUCGGUUCUAGAAAACCCUUUCCAGAUUUCGGCGACGGAGUCGACAACGACUUGGCCGAUGACAUGUACUACAACCAGUCCAUGUUCCACAGGUCGGACAAAGAUAUGUUGUCCUCUCCAUCGCCAUCGUCGUCCAGUCAGUUGUCGCAGCUCGGCGUGAGUUUGUACGGUCCACAAAGUGCAAUCGGCUUCCCAGUAAGGAACAUGGGAAACAGUACGCCUCAGUUAAACCGAAACCUAACACAAGGGACGCAGCUAGCAAGUCACAUCACCCCAACAACGGGUGUCCCCUCCAUGUCCCUACACACCCCUUCCUCGCCAAGCAGGGGAACAAUAUCGAGAAACAUCCUGAACCUCUCUCAGGUCGGUCAGGGCAUCGGGUUAACCGGCAGGACCAGCAGCAUGGGCAGCUCAGGGUUGGGAAGUCCGAACCGCAGCUCACCCAGCAUCAUCUGUAUGCCCAAACAGCAGCCAGCGCGGCAGCCCUGCACCAUCAACAGCAUGUCAGGAUUUGGUAUGAACCGCAACCAAGCUUUUGGGAUGAACAAUUCAUUAUCGAGCAACAUCUUCAAUGGCACAGAUGGGAGUGAUAAUAUAAUGGGCCUGGAUCUGUCAGACUUCCCCGCAUUAGCAGACCGGAGUCGGAGAGAAGGGACUGGAAAUCCAACACCGGUUCUGAACCCGCUGGCUGGACGCGCUCCUUAUGUUGGCAUGGUAACAAAGCCAUCGACUGAUCAGACACAAGACUUCUCCAUACAUAACGAGGACUUCCCCGCACUGCCUGGGCCAAAUUACAAAGACCCCACACUCAACAACGAUGACAGCAAAACUAACUUGAACUCCACAAGCAAGAGCACAUCCAGCACAGAUGGUCCGAAGUUCCCUGGAGACAAGACGACCUCGGCACAGAACAACAACCAGAAGAAAGGGAUCCAGGUGUUGCCCGAUGGUCGGGUGACAAACAUUCCCUCAGGAAUGGUAACGGACCAAUUCGGCAUGGUGGGCCUGCUGACGUUUAUCCGGGCCGCAGAAACCGACCCGGGGAUGGUGCAUCUGGCGCUUGGAAGUGACCUCACAACGCUGGGACUCAACUUAAAUUCACCAGAAAACUUGUAUCCAAAGUUCGCCUCUCCUUGGGCUUCUGCACCAUGUCGACCUCAAGACAUCGAUUUCCAUGUUCCGUCAGAGUAUUUAACCAACAUCCAUAUAAGGGACAAGUUAGCUGCAAUUAAGUUGGCUCGAUACGGCGAAGACCUGCUGUUCUACCUGUACUACAUGAACGGAGGGGACCUGCUUCAGAUCCUGGCAGCUGUGGAGCUCUUCAACCGGGAUUGGAGAUACCACAAAGAGGAGCGGGUUUGGAUAACGAGGGCGCCCGGGAUGGAGCCCACCUUGAAGACCAACACCUACGAGAGAGGCACCUACUACUUCUUCGACUGUCUCAACUGGAGGAAAGUAGCCAAGGAGUUUCAUCUGGAAUAUGACAAGCUGGAAGAGAGGCCUCACGUGCCGACAACGUUCAACUACAAUCCAGCCCAGCAGGCCUUCUAAGGCCCAACCAGUCCAAAGGCUGCAGCUGUUCUUGAACACAGCACUGCUGUCCAGGAGGGGGCGCUGUGACGCACACAGCUUUGGGUUUUUAUUCCUGGAGGAUUUGGCUAACCGACUGCAGGGGUCGUCGUCAUCGAAGUCGUCAUCAUUAAAACUGUCCUGCCUUUCUGAAUUUACAUUCUGCCCGAAAAACACACUUGUUCCGUUUUUAUUCUGCGUUCCCGUUUGUUUAUUUUCUUUUCUUUCUUUUUUUUUUGUCUUUUGAGCAGGGUUUGUGUUAUGUUUACGUCUCUGAACCUGAAGCCUGUUUACUACCAGAGAGGAGGACAAACCGUGUGAUGCGGGACUAUGACAGAGCAAAGGUUUCACCUUUUAAUUACAGCAAGUGUUCAGAACACAAAGCGGUGGGAAGAAAUAAAAAAAGAGCAAAGUUGACAUCCUCAAACACAAGUGAAAGGGUGAAAGAAAUGCAGUGUUUAUUGUUGCACUAUAUUUAGUAAUAAAAGAACACAAAAUUUG